GUUGUUUGUCAUGAAAGACACAUUAACUGUACUAAUUAGUGCAACUGCCGAUCAGACGAUUUGCAGCUCACUGAUAAAUUCAAACAUGGAGUUGACAGUGGACACUGCAAUGGUUCCUUGUCCAGAUCCAUAUCGCCCUCUUCAGCUGGAGUCCUUGACCUGGAUUGAUCAAUUGUUUGUCUACAAAGAACCUCAUCCGGAUGAAUGUUUUGAUGAAGUCUGCUGUGGAAUAAAGCCGGACAACAGAUAUAAGGUCAAGGAUAAUGUCGGGAAUGUUCUUUUUAGUAUUCUUGAGGACAGCGAUUAUUGUAGCAGGCAUUUCUAUCAAGGACGUUCCUUCAUAAUGAAUGUUAUUAAUGAAUCUAAUAAAGAGGUCAUCAGACUGGUGCACCCGUUUGUUUGCGGCAGCUUCAAUCAUGAGCUGGAGGUUCAGUCCCCACCAGGCUUUACCAUCGGACAUGUUCGACAAAACUGGCAUGUUUGCCUGCCUCAGUUCACAGUUGAGAAUAAACGAGGUGAAGCAGUCGCUAAGAUCGCAGGACCAUUUUUACCUCUUACCUGCUGCGUGGAUCAGAACUUUGAGCUGGUGUCUUUGAACGCGGCAGCGACAGACGAACCAUUUGGCGAGAUCAUCAAACCCUUCUCAUGCAGUGUAAUAAACACAGGUGCAGAUUUUGUGCUGAGGUUUCCAAGCGACCUGGAUGUCCAAAUGAAAGCUACACUGUUGGGGGCCUGCAUACUUAUUGACUUCAUGCAUUAUGAUAAGCCAAAACAACAGAUACUAUGUCUACUGAAGUAUUUAUCCCCUUUGGCGGUUUUCACUCUGUUUACGCUCAAGUAAACAUGCAUGAAAGAAACAACAAGG